UGUGCGUGUUCUCAUUUGGACACGGCUUUCCGUUCACGGCGAAGCACUGACAUCGUCACGGAACCAAAUUGUAAUACUGAAAAUAACCACGUUAUCAAUUUGAUUUGAAAAAAUUAACCCGCGUUUCGUCGAUUACUUGCACAACUCUGUAGAUAGGCCUAACAAAUCAUGUUUUUAUCAUGCAGACAUCGAUAACUUAUUAUUACAUGCAGUAUCUAUGCGAUUCAUUUUGAUGAUUAUUUUAAGAUUGUUUUCGUAUAAUCUGUGAUGAUACUAUAUAGUUGCCGACAUGCCCGCGCUCUAUAUUCAACAUUCGUACGGAAAGAAGUAUUAAAUUAUUCGUACAUUAACGUACCUUUUAAUACAAACGACAGUGACGGCAAUCAGUUUAAUGAAAUUUAGAUCGCUGAUUACUCACUGUACGAAUCAUUGUGAGAAAUAACGCUAAGUCACGAAAUUUGCUAGCUCUGAGCUUUUGGCAGAUUCAUAUCAUUUCAUUUUAGAAAAAUAUUUCCACAAAAUCAUGGGUGAAAACAUGUUUUGGUUAUUAACUUACGAUUAUUUCAAAAAAGAUGUUAAUAAGCCUGAAGACAGUUCAAUCAUUCUAGUGCAUUGGUUGUUACUAAAAAAUGAUUUUCAAUUGCUCGGACAAGGUAAUGAGAAUGGCAUUGAUGAAAAUGAAGAACCAACUUUCAAAUUACCCUUAAAUUGGUCGCAAAAUACAACUUAUAAGUUUCGAUAUAUGCGGGACAGCAAAUUAUAUCUUUUGAAUGGUGUUAAAGCUGGUGAUGGUCUCAUUUUAAAUUUUUAUAAUGUUACAACAAAACAAGUAUCGAGUGGUGCUAUUGGUAAUACUAUUACAACUGCUCAGUAUAUCAGUGAUAUGGUAAAUAAUAAGAAACAUUUCAAUGAAACUGUUAGUGCACUACAAAAAGACCUCAUAGACCCAAUGCAAAAAAAAAAUGAUGACAAAAAAGUAGCUAGCACUCAAACGUAUAAAAGAAAACCAGAAAGUACUUCGGAGAUUUUACUUCCAUUAACAGAAGAAACAACGAAUGCUAAUGUAUUAAGAGCAGACUUUGGAAGGCAUAGGUUUCCAUCAUAUGGUAUGCCAGACUUGGAUCCUGUAGGAGGUUUACGUAAUCCUGGUGGAGGCAUGAUCUUUCAACAUGAUCCAGCAAGAAGUGGUAGAAUUGGAAAUUUGCCUGGGUACAUUGAAUUCCUCCAAUGGCACGUUUUGAUCCGAUUUAUCCGUCAAAUCCAGAUCCAUUUAUACCAGACUUUAGAAGACAAAAUCCAGAUCAUAUGAGGCCACCAGAUUUCGAUGAUAAUAUGUUCAUGUAAUAUUAUUAAUAACUGAUUUUAUCAUGUUAUUAUAUUAUUUAUAUUUUAUAAGGAAUACA